AUGUCUAAUCCUCUUGUCCUGAUGCUAGAACGCGAUAAUCCGUGCAAUACUACCAUCGUCAACAAUGAAACGGGAGAGUUGAUGUACACUGUCACGACGGUCCACGAAAAAGACUCUUUCACCUACCUCAAAGAUGCUAAAGGUGGCCACAUCGCCCAUUGGAAAUGGCGUGAUAUAAGGUCAGAUGUAUUGACCAUGGGGGACGCAAAACCUAUACCAGCAGGGGACUGGUUGCAGAAAAGUAUGGUCCCUUUCAGCAGUACCGUAUCUUUCAAGGACAACAAAAAGAGGACGUUCAAAUGGAAGAAUGUCGAAGGAGGCGGGCAGAUGGAACUGUAUUCCUCCGAAGAUAAGAAGAAUCCAGUCGCCGCAUUUCUGAAAUCCUUGGAUUACAAGGAUCGCACUGUCGAUCCCCCUGUUCCUGUCCAUCGCGAUGCCACCUUGACUCUAGUUGGUCAAGCGCAGGAAAUAAUCAAUUUGGUGGUUAUAUCAUUCUUAAUCCUGGAGAAGAAACGCAGAAGCAAAGAAGCAGGAGAGGGAACAACAGCUAGUGCUCUUGCCACCCCGUUGGCGAAUUUACAGUAA